AUGAAACAUAAACGUAUUACUUUAACUGGAACUUUGAUGAUUAGUUCUGUUGUUGUUCUUGGUGUUUUGAUGUAUUACUUUAGUCAAGAUAAAUGUCCAAUGGGUACAUUUUUAUGUCAAAAUACAACAAACAAUUGUAGACCACAAAGACAAUGGUGUAAUGGAAAUAAAGAUUGCCCUGAUAAUGAUGACGAGAGUAUCACAAAUUGUUUUGAUGAAAUUCAUGGCGAAUGGGGAUGGUUUUUAAAAAAACGAGGAGGUAGUCCUGGAAAAAUUUGUGAUUCUUCAAAAUGCCCAACUGCAGAAUGCAUCUGUAGACGUUGUCAAGUAUCUUGUAUUAAUUCGACAAAGAUUACGAAAAUUCCGAGCAAUUUUUCUCCCAAUAUUACCAGACUAAAUAUGAGGAACAAUUCUUUGAUAGAAAUUAACGCUGAUGCUUUUGUUAAUUAUUUGGAAAUUAGAUCUCUCUAUAUUGAACUAAACAAAAUUGAAAAAUUAAAAAAAGGAAUAUUUUUAAAACAAAAAAAUCUACGUUGGUUAAUUUUAUCACAUAAUAGACUGGUCGAAAUUGAGACAGGAGAUUUAAUUGGUCUAUCAUCAAUUGAAAGUAUUUGGGUAAUUAAAAAUAAUUUAACAAAAUGUGAUUUUACUGAUUUUGAAAAUAGCACAACUCUUGAACGAAUGGAUUUAAGCAUGAAUGCAUUGACGUAUGACAGUAUUUAUUUACCAUAUUUACCAGCUUUAAAAAAACUAUCAUUGAAUGAAAAUCGCAUUGAAAAAAUUGAUAAUUAUUUAUUUUCCCAAUUGCCAUCUUUAAAAUGCUUGGAAUUACAAAAAAAUAAUUUACAAAUCAUUGAGGAAAAUGCAUUUAUCAAUUUGGAACAACUAACUGAAUUAAAACUUGAAGACAACAAUAUAAUAAUAAUACCAGAUAAACUAUUUACAUCAUUGAUUAAUUUAAAAAAAUUUGGACUUCAAGAAAUUGAAAUGGAAAAUUUAGAUAAAAAUUCAUUCAAUCAAUUUACUGAGUUAGAUUUUGUAUAUUUUAAAAAAUUUCAUUACUGCAUGUCAUAUGCUCCAAAUGUUAAAAAGUGUCGUCCAGUUAGUGAUGGUGUAUCAUCAUUGUCUCAUCUUCUCGGCAAGCCACUUUUACGAGGAGCUGUUUGGGGAAUAUCAUCAGUAACUUGUCUCGGUAAUUUGCUGGUACUUUGGGGUAGAUUUACAGCUAAAGAUGAAAACCGUGUGCUCAGUAUUGUCAUUAGAAAUCUAGCAGUAUCAGAUAUGUUGAUGGGAAUAUACCUCUUGAUAAUUGGUCUAGUUGAUAUACAAUUUCGUGAUAAAUAUACUCAAGAAGCAAAUGUCUGGAUGUCAUCUUGGUUCUGUAUAUUCUUGGGAAUGUUGGCAAUGACAUCGUCUGAAGUAUCUGUUCUUAUAUUAUCAUUUAUGUCAAUUGAAAGAUUUUUACUAAUUGCUGCACCACUCAGAGGACAGCAGAGAACUCUGACUCCAAUUACAGCUAAAUUUUCAAUGACUAUUAUUUGGAUUAUUGGAAUAAUAAUUGCUUCAUUACCAGUUAUACAUUGGAGAAGCAGCACCAAGUUUUAUGGUCUCAAUGGUAUGUGUUUUCCUCUACAUAUUGAUGAUCCAUUUAUCAUUGGAUGGGAAUAUUCAGCAUUUAUAUUUCUUGGAGUUAAUUUAACUGGACUUGUUAUAAUUGGAUAUGUUUAUGUGGCAAUGUUUACAAGUAUUUGGAAAACAAGAAAAAAUGUCAAUUGUCAAUUGUCAAUUGGGGAUUCAGAAUUUGCAUUGAGAUUUUUUUUUAUUGUUUUAACUGAUGCAUCAUGUUGGGCACCAAUAAUUGUAUUGAAAAUUUUGGCUUUUUUAAAAUAUCCAAUUGCACCUGAUCUUCAUGCUUGGGUUGUCAUUUUUAUUCUACCAGUUAAUAGCGCAAUUAAUCCAUUGUUAUACACAUUUACAACACCAAAAUUCAGGGAGAGAUUUAUGAAUGAAAAAUGGAUUUAUCAAAUUCAAAAUUAUUUUUAUAAAAAAGAAGAAUCAAGUCAAGACUCUCAGGAAUCAUCAGGAGAUGAAGUCAAAAAAAAAUCCAUACUUGGUAUUCCAGCCAUCAACAAGUGGGCCAUCAAGGAUAAAUUAUCUAACAUUCCUUAAACAAAAAAAAAAAGAAAUGUUAUGUAAAAAAAAAACCCCUUCCUUGUUAUAAUAAAAAUAAAUAACAAUUUUUUUUUUAGCCUAAUAAAGAAGAAAAAAUUGCCAAGAUGCUUGUUUUGUCAUAUGGAAUUCAUUCCAAGAAGGUCAAGCGUGAGAAAAUCUAAAUGAGGGACCGAUUUGCAGGCGUUUAUAUUUCUAGUCGAACUUUUGUCGCUUCCCACAUGUCGCUUUUAUUUUUCGAACAAAAAAAAAAAUAAAUAAAUAAAAACAAAUUAAAAAACCCAUACCCACGUAGAUUAUUCAUAUGGAGUUAUUCGAAAAAAAUUGUCCCCAUCAAGUUGCGGGUGUAAAUAUCGGCACUUUUUUUUCAACAAAAAA